UUCUCUCUCAUAGUGAAAAAUGGCUGCUGUGCUGGAUGAGGUUGGCAAAUCCGCUGAGAAACUCAUCGACGAGGAAGUCGAUGAUGUCGUUGAUGACGAGGAUGACACAGGGCCAACUGAUGUAACCAAGAAGAAGAAGAAAAAGAAAAAGAAGAAGAAGACAGCUCCUGGGGAGGGAGCAACUCCAGAGGCUCCAGAUGAGAAGAAGGAAGACGAGAGUGAGGGUCAGGAAGGUGCUGCUGAAAAUGGGGGAGACCCUGAGGAUGUCAAAAAGAAGAAGAAGAAACGCAAGCCACGGGGGAAGGGACAGACGAAGCAACAGACAGAUCCUCCGAGUAUACCAGUGUCUGAGCUCUUCCCCGAUGGGAAUUUCCCAGAGGGCCAGAUAAUGGAGCACCCUCCAGCUGCUGGAGUUGACGAGAGAACCGCAAAGAACAGAUUCACGAGUGAAGAGGCCAGAGCUCUCGAACGAAUGCUCAAUGUCAUUUACACGGAGGCACGUCAUGCAGCUGAGGCUCAUCGUCAAACCAGAAAACACAUUAUGAACUGGGUGAAGCCUGGCAUGACGAUGAUUGAGAUCUGCAAUGAGCUCGAGAGUACUGCGAGGAGGCUAAUCGGUGAGGAUGGCCUCAAGGCUGGUCUGGCCUUUCCCACUGGCUGCUCCAGAAACCACUGUGCUGCCCACUAUACUCCAAAUGCUGGGGAUACGACUGUUCUCAAUUAUGACGACAUCACCAAGAUCGAUUUUGGCACUCACAUCAAUGGAAGAAUCAUCGAUUGUGCAUUUACCCUGGCCUUCAAUCCUAAGUUCGAUAAACUGAUCGAGGCAGUUCGUGAUGCCACAAAUACUGGGAUCAAAGCUGCUGGAAUUGAUGUCCAGCUCUGCGACGUUGGAGCUGCUGUCCAGGAGGUCAUGGAGUCGUACGAGGUCGAGAUCGAUGGGAAAACUUACCAGGUAAAAUCCAUCAGGAAUCUCAAUGGACACUCUAUCUUACCCUAUCGUAUUCAUGCUGGUAAGACAGUGCCCAUCGUGCGAGGAGGUGAAGCCACCAGGAUGGAGGAGAACGAGUUUUAUGCUAUUGAAACGUUUGGAUCGACUGGACGUGGAGUUGUACACGACGACUCCGAUUGCUCGCACUAUAUGAAAAGCUUCGACGCUGGUUUCGUCCCUCUGAGGCUUCAGAGUAGUAAAUCGUUGUUGAAUACUAUCAACAAGAACUUCAGCACUCUGGCAUUCUGCAAACGGUGGCUGGACCGAGCUGGCUGCACCAAGUACCAAAUGGCAUUGAAAGAUCUGUGUGACAAGGGUGCAGUGGAGGCAUACCCCCCACUGGUAGACGUCAAAGGCUGCUACACAGCUCAAUUCGAACACACACUCGUUCUACGUCCCACAUGCAAGGAAGUCAUCUCACGUGGCGAUGACUAUUAGUCCACCCAAAACCACUCGUCAUUGGUGAUCCAGCAUUUAUACACCUCGUUAACAGAGGAAAAGCGAGAGAAUCAUCAAUAAUCUUUUUCUACAUUACUCUUCAUUUCUCAUAUAUUUCUUCCUCCUUUCUUUCCAAUUCUUUCCUCCUCUUUUUGGGUAUUGAUGGUGUCAAGAGAGAAUUAAUACUACUGUUGAAUAAAAAAACAACAAAUACGUGGUAA